AUGGGCAGGCGGGCACGUGCUGAACCUCAAGCAUCCUCGUCGAGGUCUUCUUCGAGCACCUCUGCUUCCUCUGCACGAGCAGCACUGAACGGACGUUCAACGGGAAAAAUGAAUUCACAGGUGGAGAUGCGAAGGAAGAAUGCGUCGCUGGACAGCCCCACAGCUGCUUCCCAGACGGCCAACCUCAUGUCACGGGCGAGCUUCAGUCUGGACCAUGAUGUGCCAGUUCCACCGUCUGAAAACCCCAACCAUAGCUUCUGGGACCUGUCAGCCGCAGAUCGCCGAAAUUUUCUUCUACUUGUUCUCCUAUAUUUUCUCCAGGGAAUCCCCAUGGGACUGGCGUCCGGCUCGGUCCCAUUUCUGUUAAAGCCAUAUCUCUCCUAUGGGCAGAUUGGUAUUUUCUCUCUAGCAUCGUACCCAUACUCGUUGAAAUUGCUCUGGAGUCCAAUCGUAGACGCAGUAUGGAGCCCAAAAGUGGGGCGCAGAAAGAGUUGGAUUCUGCCCAUUCAGCUGAUCUCGGGAAUCGGCAUGAUCUGGCUCGGAGGGCACGUCAAAGAGAUGAUGGUCGAAGCUGGUGCCAACAAUGGGGCCGGCGUAUGGGGUUUCACAUGGGCUUGGUUCUUCCUUGUUUUCAUGUGUGCGACUCAGGAUAUUGCUGUAGAUGGCUGGGCCAUUACCCUUUUAUCCUCCCAAAACCUCUCUUACGCCUCAACGGCACAAACCGUCGGGUUGACCGGCGGACAAUUCCUUUCGUAUACCGUGUUUCUAGCCCUGAAUGCGCCCGACUUUGCAAAUAGGUGGUUCCGCCAGGUUCCGUCGCCUGAAGGUGUCAUCACUCUUGGUGGAUACCUGAAAUUUUGGGGUUGGGCCUAUCUUAUCAUUACCGUUGGUCUGGCCUUGCUCAAGAAGGAAGAAAGAACAAAGGAGAGAGAUGGCAUCAUGGAGGUCUACCGGGUCAUGGUUGGCAUCUUGAAGCUCAAGAACAUUCAGUCCAUUAUCAUCUUGCAUUUGACCGCCAAAAUUGGCUUCCAAGCCAACGAUGCCGUCACAAACUUGAAACUCUUGGAAAAGGGGUUCAGCCAGGAAGACAUGGCGUUGACGGUCCUUAUUGAUUUCCCCUUUGAGAUGGUACUCGGCUACUACGGAGGCAAGUGGUCAUCUCAGUAUCCGCCCAUGAAGCUCUGGUGUUGGGCAUUUGUAGGACGACUAAUUGCGGCCGUACUCGCUCAAGUGACCGUCAUGAUCUUCCCCUCCGCCGGUGUCAAAACCUGGUAUCUCGUCACUGUCAUCGCAGAGCAUGUGUUUUCAACUUCGAUGAGCACAAUCAUGUUCGUCGCGGUUUCCGCAUUUCACGCUAAGAUUGCAGACCCUGUGGUUGGCGGCACCUAUAUGACCCUUUUGGCCACAGUCUCUAACCUUGGUGGUACGCUGCCCCGCUUCUUCGUCCUCAAGCUGGUCGACAUCUUUACUGUCGCCACAUGCCAGCCUCCCAUCUCCCCUCCAGUCGACCUCAAGUCCGACCUUGUUACUUCUCCCUUUUCUUGUGCUCUCGAAGCGGAAAAGCAUCGCUGCGAGAAUGGCGGCGGCACCUGCAACGUCAACCGCGACGGAUAUUACAUUGUCAACGUUCUCUGUAUAAUAAUCGGCCUGGUCACAUUCUUAUCCUAUAUAAGACCGGCCGCCAUAAAGCUCCAAAGCCUUCCUUUGCGCGCCUGGCGCCUUGUUGGCGGGGAGAGAUAG